AGAUAUCAACUUGCUACUCUACUUUCAAUAAUAAUCUAUGUAGUAUACAGUAUACUUGUAUACUGAAUGUAUAUAUAUGUGUAUAUAUAUGUAUAUAUAUAUAUAUAUCCAAAUAGAUAUACAUAAAUAUAUCAGUAUAUUUAUAUAUACAUAUACAUAUAUAUAUAUAUAUAUACGGUAUAUAUAUUAUAAUAUAAUACAUAGUUUAUAUAAAAGGGUAGAACAGUUUGGAAAUUAGACGUUCUUUUUCAUCACCGUUAAAAACAACCAUGUCGAAUAGGUUCGUCAAACAUGUCAUACGUAUUCUUAUCGUUUCGGCGACCUUAUCGCUAAUUUGUGACAUGUUGGCAUUUUCUUUGCCAAUUUGGGUAGAAUGGCGUAACAAUUCUACUUCGACUUACGGAGGAGUUUGGUAUAUUGAAACUAUUUUGUUAAAGAACGAUACUGUAUUAAGCUCUAUCGAAUGGAGUACCAAAGAGGAGUGGCUUGUAGCCUCCAGGGCUCUCAUUAUCAUUGGGCCGUCUCUCAUGUUGGUGGCUGUCGUCCUGUCCGUAUUGGUAGCUGUCGAUAGAUUAACCUCAUGUUCUAUGCUUGUUAUACCACUCUUUUGUUUCUUUUCUGGCGUCUCAAUGACAGCUUCACUCGUAACCUUUGUGUUGAAUAUUGUUAGAGCUCCAGGAGCAACGCCUUUAAAAGGAAAGACCAUUGAAUUUUCUAGCUUAAAAAUUCCAUUUUGGCUGGGAGUGGCUGGAGCAACUCUUGCGUAUUUUACAGUCGUUUGUCAAGCAAUAGCUGAUGAACUUAGGUGGAAAAAAUCGAAUGAAGAAUCAAAAGGGACAUCGUCCCGCACGGCAAUUAAUUCAUCAAUUAAGCAAAAGAAGGGUGGCAAAAAGAAGAAAGUAGGAUUUCAAACAAAAUUAGAAGAACCUUGGCAAUCAAAAAUUGAAUGGACAGGCGUAACAAAAUAUAAGGAAUACGAUGAUGUAGAAGCAAUGCAUGGUCCAAAAUAUAUGUAUGCGGCUAAAGUUGAUGAUUGGUAG